AUGGCAAGUCCAGACCAAGGAACAGACUGCACACAGAUAAAAAAACAGUCCCCAAAUGCAGUCAGUGGUGUAUAUGCCAUCCAACCUGCCGGAAUAAAAAAACCUCUCAAGGUGUACUGUGAGAUGCUGCGUGAUGGUGGCUGGACAGUUUUCCAAAGGCGCACAGGCCCAAAGGUAACCUUCAAAAGGAACUGGGCAGAGUACAAGCGUGGCUUUGGAAGUCUUCAAAAGGACCACUGGUUGGGCUUGGCUAAAGUGUGGGCCCUUACCAGAGGCAAAGAGCGAAAGUCAACUCUAAGGAUUGACCUUUGGGACUUUGAAGGUGGCUCUGUGUUUGCUGAGUACAGUAAUUUUAAGAUUGGCAACGAGAAAACAGCCUAUAAGCUUAGUGUUGGGGCUUACACAGGCACUGCAGGCGAUGCAAUCCGUGGAGCCUACCGUGGGAUCGAUCAAAAUGGUUUUGGCUUCAGCACGUUUGACCGGGACAAUGACGGCUGUUCUCCAUGCAUUUUUGGUGACAUUGGGGUGAGCUCCUGCAGCCAGGAACAGGGUGGAGGCUGGUGGUUCAGUCGCUGUGGUUCAGCAAACCUUCAUGGAGACUGGCAUCCAGCUAAUGAUAACCGUGGUUGGAUGUCUGGUCUCCACUGGCUAACCUGGAGAGCCCCUGAGCCAUACUCCGCCCGUGCCACACGCAUGAUGAUUAAAUCAGUGGGAUAG